AGAUUUCUAAGAUAGUUUUAAUCGACUUUCACAAAAGACAAAAGAGAAAGCGCUCUACAGUCAGCGGAAAAAAUGGUUUGUCUUGUCUUCUGUUCACUGAUGGUCAAACUCUAUUAUGGGAAUCUUUUUCAAAAGGAGAUAGUCAAUACAUCACUAGGUCUCAAAAUACCCGUGCUGAUUGGUUCUGACAUCGGAGUCUUCAGAUUUUCUACAAUAAUAUUAAGGAAAUCAAGAUCCACGGCUUUGAUGGUACCCCUCACAACAGUAUUUUCAUACAUCUCAAAUGUGCAUUCCUUCUUACCUAAAAUAAAAAUGCAUUAAUAUCUUGUAACACUGUAACUAGAUUUUCUUUAUAGUAUAUCUUUGUGUAUGUAUAUUUCAACAGUUCUUAAGCUGUAUGCUUCUCAAAAAAAUGGUGCACACAAAAUGCAGAGGUGGAACUUAUCCUUUUAGUGGCGUGAAAAGGCUGAUAUUUUCCGAUGAUCUAGUAGCCUGGUCCAAUCAGUUUCCAGAUUACGAUCCUCCAGAGUAUAAUUCCAAGUCUUUAGUGAACAAACCAUGGGCUGACCCACCCUUUGAGGAUCCUAAUUUCAAACCAAACUGGAACCAGCUCGAUGGAAAAGUUAAUCGUCAAAGCCAUGUGGGUGUUUACGAUAUAAGGGAUGGAAGACCUUUAAAUCCCGAGGGUAGAACUGGGCUUAAAGGUCGUGGGAUUUUGGGAAAAUGGGGUCCAAAUCAUGCUGCAGAUCCCAUAGUUACACGAUGGAGAAUGAUAGGUGACGCCAAAGAGUUCAAUCCAAGUUCCAAAUUGCCGAUUCUUCAAUUCUGCGCAAUUCAACGAAGAGAUUGCAAAGAAUGGGCUCUUCCUGGUGGUAUGGUGGACCCAGGAGAACAAGUUAGUGAAACUCUGCGUCGCGAAUUCCUGGAAGAAGCGAUGAAUAGUCUAGAAAUGUCAAAGGAACAAGCUGAGAAAGACCAACAGAUGAUACGGGAGUUUUUCAGUAGUGGCGACGUAAUAUACAAAGGAUACGUCGAUGAUCAUAGGAAUACUGACAAUGCUUGGAUGGAGACAGUCGCUGUCAACUUUCACGACGAAGAUGGAACCCACGUGGGGAAGUUUGAACUGACGGCCGGUGACGACGCACAGAAUGUCAAAUGGAUGGAUAUCAAUAGAGAUUUGAAAUUAUACGCAAGUCAUUCCAAUUUUAUGAAACUGGUUGUUGAAAAACUUUGCGCACACUGGUAGUUCAAAUUCCUGUGAAUUGUGAUUGUGAAUCAUAUCUUGUUUCACUGUUCAAUAUCAAGAGUGCCAUGACAUUGUUAGGUAUGGAACAAAUAAAAUUUAGAGUCCAAAAGAAAUCAUGUGUAUAUUUAGAAUUUUUUCUAAUAAAAAUUAUCACAAUAUAUAAAACAGGAUAAAUAAAAUGGCAAUCAUCAAUUUAUCAUAAUAGACGAAGUAAGGAUAUAAAGAAUAAGACCAAAUGCAGCAUUUUUAAACUUAACCCAAAUUGAUUUUAUUUCCUAUCUAUGCAUUUUUUGUUUUCCAGUUAAUUUACAUUUAUAUCAAUUAAUUUUUCGUAUUUCUUGCAAUGGUCUCAUACAGUUUAAAGCUUAGGAAUACACAUCAUAAUUACAAACCUUCAUCCUUAUUCACCAUUUCAAAAAUUUUACUACUUAUACAUUUUUUUAAGUUUUUAUACAUUUUUACAAUAAGUA